GGCUGGCUUCUUCGACACCCUCCUGCCCAUUCCCCCGUUUCCUGGACAACCCUGUCAGGGUGGAGAAAAAUAGCAAAUCAUGUGAGGACAGAGCAUCUUUCUCGCUCUCUCUUUCCCUCUCCCCCUCCCUCUGUGAAUUUAACAGUAUCUCCAUGCUUUCACACACACACACUCAGUUCAGCGUUGCAGAGGGGAUGGACACAGAGUGCAGGAGCAUACCACCAAAUAGUAAAUCAGUGUGACUGAGACACAUAAUACAACUCCUUCCCAGUGGCAGCGUCUAUGCAAAAAUGGGUUGUGGCAAUUCCUCAGCCGCCAGCACCUCAGGAGGGGGACCUGCAGAAACCUCCAAAGAUUUGACAGAUGAGUCCUCACCUGACGAUGAGAAAAGAAGGAACUAUGGCGGGGUGUACGUAGGUCUACCAUCUGACAUGACCACCGUUGCAGGCAGCCAGUCCAAGUCCACAGACAAAAACUAACAGAUAUAGAAGGGAAUCAUUGACAUGCAUCACAGGACUGUAGCUACAAUAUUCAGAACAUACAGAGACAUUACAUUUCUACGUUGAGAGGAGGAUUACUGACUCAUCUUCACAUCCCUGCCUCCGUAAGAGUGAGACAGACUGAAAGACCCUGGGGAAUCAGGCAGAUAUGAGGUCAGCCUGCUUGGGUCCUGAGGAAACUGCCUCAGAAUGGCACCGAGUAGACCUUCAAUGGAUGCCUUUGUCUGAGGAUUCUUUGCCCUUUCUGACCCUCACAGGAAGCCGGGCAGCAGCAGAGAAGUCGGGUGGGUACGUCCCGACUGCGGAUAUUGGGACCAACAUUAUGGAAUCCGGGGCAAUGUUCUGGACAAGCUCCUUGUGUUUAGGAAGAGAUGUGACACACACAGCCCAGUCACACUGAGACACCUCCUCGACCGGCUCUGUAAACAUUUAAUCCAAGUGCUGGUGUAGAUAGAUGUUUUAUGUGGUGGGAGGGAUAGUGGACCCACACAGUGGCUCAAACACAAGCAGUGCUAUUCACUUUUAUGAUUAUGGAGUAUUUUAGGUCACCCAGUUUUCAUGUUUUGUUCGGUAUCAGAUACUGUAAAUAAUUUCUGAGAUUCAUGAAAACAACAUUCUAUAACCCAUUUGGAGAUUGUGUUGUGUUAUUUUCUAGUUGGUUGCUGCUAUUGCUUUUUAAACCACUUGCAUUUACUGUCUAAAUACAAAUGGACCUACUUGUAACUUUUGGUACCAAACGGAUGGGGGACCUCCUGUGGGUGUACUGGCUGGUACUGUAGCCUGACAGUACUGUAGCGAGCAUCUGUUGUGUGCGUCAUUCAUGUUUGAGGUUAUUAAGUGUUGUGUUGUCAUUUAACCUGUGAAUCAUGCUAACAUGACAUCAUCAGUCUGGGUGGGGCUAAAGAUACAUUGAGGAUACUACUCUUACGAUUCUUUACCCACAAAGGUCUGAACUGAUCUGAGAUCUGACGUCAUCAGAUUGUUAACAAUACAUGCAUUAUUACUCCAGGUUCCAGCAGCUGAUCUCAGUGUUCCACAUACAGUAGCUCUUGUUGGCCAUUUUAGCAGCUGCGUCACCAUCCAGAACUCGUUGUUUUUUACGAAGAGUUAAACUCUCCAACUGCAAUUUGUAAAAUGUUGUCUUUUCUAUUUCUAAAAUGAUUCCUUUUGAAAACUAAAUGUACACAUUUUAUUAUAACAUUUAAUUGGAAAGAUAAUCUGUCAAAAAUAAUCUGAACUACAUUGUUUAGCAAAGGUUUGCCUAAACAUAUAUUUGAAUCUAUAUGUCUCAUUAUGAACAACUGUAUCAGUGAAUGUAGUUGGAAACCAUAACACUGGCAGCAUAUUGACACGCCACAAUAUCUCCCCCCAGAGCAAGAAUUAGAAGUCUGAAGGGAAUAGAGAAUCCAUCCAAUGUCAUUCAUCUACAUGCAGUUCCUGUUCGUGAUUUAAUGAAUGUAUGAAUGUACAUACAGCAUCUUCACCACCACGACCACAGAGGAACAGGGAAGUGGGCCAUGCUAACACACUUGAGAUUCAAGAGAUGUUUUGUUCUCUUCAAUACAUCAGUCCUAUUAUAUAUUCUCUACUCCACUCUACCUGGUUUGAGAUAAGAAUAUAAGAAUAUACAUAAUAUUUACAUGGAAUAUAAAUGUAGAUUAUGAAUGUUCCCUGGCGUUCAACCAUCUACUCAGUAAUCUGUGUCAGGCCACUUAUGAAUGUGAUGUGUACCGAUUUAAAGAGCACCCCACAGUUUUUGCUCUGCCACUACACGGCUACCACCCCUUUUCAUUGAUGUCUACAUUUCCUUUCUGUUGAGGCUCCUCCAGUUUCACCAUCAGAAUCCUCUGGCCUUUGGCUUUCACAGUGCAACACCGUUCCCACUGGGCAAACACUAGUUGAAUCAACGUUGUUAACUAGGCAAGUCAGUUAAGAACAAAUUCUUAUUUUCAAUGACAGCCUAGGAACAGUGGGUUAACUGCUUGUUCAGGGGCAGAACGACAGAUUUGUACCUUGUCAGCUCGGGGAUUUGAACUUGCAACCUUCCGGUUACUAGUCCAAUGCUCUAACCACUAUGCUACCAUUAUCAACGUAAAUAGAGCAGUAAAAAUAAAUGUUUUGUCAUACCCGUGGUAUACCACUGCUGUCAGCCAAUCAGCAUUCAGGGCUCUAACCACCCAUUUUAUAUUAGCAUAUAGCUCAUGGAAGACUCACUGGUAUACUGUUCAUGGUGCUGCACAUGAUUACGACGACAGGGGAAUCGAUUACUUUGGAGUAAUUUGAGGCUAAAGCAGCUGUGCUGGAGGCUUCUUAUUCUGGAUUUAUCUCCUUGUGUAGAUGUGUCCAUAAUACAUUUGGGAAAAGAGAAAACACAUGAGAAACCCACUGUAGAUGAUCACUUGAGAACCAAUUGAUGACCUUUUAUGCUAUUUACUACUGUAUGAGAUACUGUUCCUAAUCAUUGAUGCUCCUAACUUGUUCCGGGUCACUUUGUGUAUACUCAGUACACCCUCAAACACAGUAAGAAGGACCACAGCUGCUUUAGAGAGCCAUUCUUGUUUAUAACCCGACAUGCCCUGUAUUACUUGUCCUAUCACUGAUCUAUUUAUGAUUAAAGUAUUUUAUAUUGUCUGCA